UCGCUCACCGAGAAGCGUCGCCGCCGUCGGUUUUCCGGAACGCGGUAGCAGGCACGGAACUCUAGGAGAACAGGGGUUGCCGCUCUCCUGCGUCGUCGACCAGCCAGCCAUCGGUGCGCGCCGGUUUUCUGUGUAAUACGGAGAAGUGUGUGGUGUGUGUGCGUAUAGAACAAGGCGCGCGUGCGAUUUCCCGAAGGUGUGUUGGCGGGAGAGAGUGCGAGCACCCGGCCGCGUUUGCAGGGACCGCACAAAACACGGAGUCGGGACCUGCUCUUCUUCUGCUGCGCGCCCGGGGCUGAAACUUAAACGCCUCACUCGCUGCUGGACUGUUGCUUCGCUUCUUAAAACAACUCGGCGAUCACCCACAUCGGAGAACGAAGCGAGCGGAGUCGUCGUUCAGCUGCACGACUGUUGCUCCGGCUCGCGCGAACGGCCGGAGAAAGGUUGUUGCCUCGAGGAAGGAAGGAAGGUAGGAAGCGGGGCUCGCCCGUGUCCCUCGUUAGCAACCUCGCAUGGGAGCGAGCACGGUAACCAGUAGCGCGGAGUCGACUACUGUUCAACGGCUACUUAGCUGUGUCGGUGGGUUGGGACGGAACUAGCGAACGCUCCGCUGCUUCCGAGAGGAGGAAGGAUGCUCGUCCGCGACUAAGCGCGAGCACGUGGUGACUUGAGGACGCCGCCGCCGUUGCGUGUGCUCCCUCGCUCUCUCCGCCGGCACCGAAGAGGCCGGGCUGUGACUCGGGUUGACAUUUUGGAGAGCGUCCAAGGGAACGACGGCCCGAACCACUCGAUCGACCACGCGGCUUCUUCGGCUUCGGCUUUUUCAGGAUGGAGGACAAGAUACCUGUUCCCCGAUGGAAAAAGGCGCUGAAGCCUGUCCUGGCCACCGCAACGCCCUUGGUCCUGCUUCCCAUACCACUCAGCAUAGGAACAGAUGCGGCCUGGGUUGCCUUCGUGACGCUCUGGAUGGGCAUCUACUACGUUGUGGAGCCAGUGCCUCUAUCGGUGACGUCACUACUACCGAUAGUUUUACUACCGUUCCUGGGAAUACUGUCAACCGAAGAGGUGGCUUCCUUUUAUCUCAACAACACGGGCCUGCUGUUCAUGGCUUCGCUGAUGAUCGCCACGGCCAUCGAGUCUAGCGACUUGCACGAGCGGCUCGCCUUCAAGUGCCUCCUCACCGUCGGCACCAGCGAGGGAAGGGUGUUGCUGGGCCUGAUGUCCAUCACGGUGUUCAUGUCCAUGUGGAUGCCCAACACGGCCGUGGCCACCAUCAUGGGGCCCAUGGCCAUAGCCCUCGCCGCCAAAAUGGUCAUGCCUUCCUACCACCAGGUGCCAACAAACGAGUGUUUCAAGCAGAAUGGCGACGCAGGCGGUGAUCACUUCGAAGUUGGGAUCGGCGCUGAUCCAAGCGGAGCAUUAAUAAAGAAGAACCACGAUCUCCUCAAGAAGAUACUGCUGCUUUCGAUCGCAUACUCGUCAAACAUUGGCGGCACCGGCUCCAUAAUCGGAUCGUCGACCAACAUACUCUUCAAGGGCAUUAUCGACGAGCUUUUUCCUCAUUCCACGGAGCUCACGUCAGCUACUUGGAUGUUGUACAAUGUUCCUCCUAUGAUUGUCUGCACCGCCAUCGGCUGGAUUUACCUCUGGUGUGUCAUCAGAAUCAGCAGGAGAAAGGCUCACUGCCUGGAGGCCAAGAACGACAUCCGGCGGGAGAUCCAGCAACAGUACCAGAGGCUGGGCUCCGUCAGCUUCGCCGAAUACACGGUGCUCAUCAUACUCGCUGCUGUGAUACUUGUGCUGUUUUUUUACAAGCCGCACUUCAUGACGGGCUGGGGUGAUCUCAUCAAGUACGGAAACAAAAUCAAGUCUUCCAGUCCGGCGCUUGCCAUCUGCUUCCUGCUCUUCGUUCUGCCGAAGGACCCUCGCAACCUGCACUGCAGUGAGCCACUGGUCUCCUUCAAGGACUUCUCCACCAAAAUGCCAUGGGGCAUCGUCAUACUCUUCGGUGGAUGCCUGUCCAUUGCCGAGGCUUCUCAGCGUUCCGGCCUGUCGGCCAUCGUGAUAAACACGCUGAACGGGCUUCGAGACCUUCCCCCAGGCUUGGUGCUGGUGCUGCUCUGCUUCAGCGGCUGCUUUCUCACCGAAGUGGUCAGCACGUACGUGGUCACGGGAAUCCUCACGCCCAUCAUCAGCGAACUGGCCGUGGCGACACGUGUGCACCCGCUGUACUUCCUGAUGCCCGUCAAAGCGUGCUGCCUGUUCGCCUUCAUGCUGCCCAUUGCUACUGGAGCCAAUGCCAUCCUGUGCGACAUGGGAAGGCUAAGGACCGUAGACAUGAUGAAGAUGGGAUUCGUCAUGAACGUGGCGUGCGUGCUGGUACAACUAGCCGCCAUCCACACCAUAGGGCCACUCGUCUUCGAUCUCUACCGGUUUCCCAGCUGGGCCACCAGGGACUUCGGCAUCGUCUCCAUGGUCGGCAACGACACCUUUGCCUCGUCACUCAACGCUACACUCGCGGACGAGAUGGUGUCGACGACGGUGGCGUCCAUGAUGACGACGUGACGUCACGCGACAGAUUGGAUCACCGCGAACUGUUCCUACGGCUUCGGCGCAUGCGCUGUCCUGUUGUUCGACCGCGACGAAUGCGUGCGCGGCCUGUCUGUGUUCCAUUGUACCGCGUGAUGCUUUUGACGUCAUGGCGGCCGCUCUCCCGCCGAAAACGGUGCCCAGCACAAUUAUACGACGACGUCUGAUGUUUCUGUGUGUAGCGUGCAGGAAACUGUCGGUGUUUUAGUUUCCUUUGUGCCUAUACACAUGUUCGUGUGUGCGUGUGUAAGUGAUGUUGCUGGAUGUCGUCAGAGGAGGGCUAAGCAAUUCCACGUGGUCAUGCUUACCUGAAAUCGAGGAAAGUCAGUGAGAGGAAGAUGACUAUGUGAAAGAAAAUCAGUGUUACUUUUUUGUUUAUUUGUCUUUCUUUUCUUUUCUCACCUUAUUCUUCUUACAUUGAUAAGUAUGGCAUUCCUUUUGUUCAUUCGCGGACAUCUUUUUAAAUAUUUCAUCAAAGAGCUGAAUGCUGCCUCUUGCACGUAACAGGGAGGAUUGCGUCUUUCUCGAAUGAAGCUGAAUAAUGGAUCGUGGUUAGAGCAGUAAUGUACGUCACAAGAACGAAUAAUAAUACAUCGAAUUGCAUUGUAUCGAUAAGGUUCGGAGACCACUGUGAACCCGAUUUCAGGGGUCCGUAAUCAAAGAAUAUUACGUACAAGGAGGGAGCAGUGGCGACGCAACCAUUUCGCUCCGGAAGCUGUGACGUCACAGAUUUGAACAACGUGUCCACAGACUAACGGCUGAUUACUGAAAGGGCAUUUAAGUUUUACUUCUUGUAAAAAUGCACUGUGGCAUGGCAAUAUUUCUUUCUUUUUUGCCAAAUGUAUAAAUCUUCAGAGAGAAACAGACACCUGAAUACAAAGCAAACAUAGUUGACCAGACAAUAUUUACGCCAUUCAAAAUGCGGUAGUAUGACAGGAAACGUCGGUCCUUUUGCUUGCGGGUUUUUUUUUUUUUUGAGUAAAUAUUCAUCUGGAUUCCGCUGUACUCAUUUUAACAGGGUUUCGAAGUUAAUGAAACCGUUGAGCCUAAUAUGUCGCUUACCUCUACUGCCUCUUUUUUUUUCCUGUUAAAAGUUCUCUUCAGAACUGGCUCAAGAGAAUGCAGCCGUUUAUACGAUAGUUAAUCUACAAGAACCCUUGCUUGGACACAGGAAACGAUGUUGUUGUCGCUUUUAUUCUGCAGACAGUUUCGGUCGUUCCAGUUUUAUUUCAACAGACACUAAAAGCUAGGUUCAUGUAAAGGAAGCAAGAUAUCUUCAUUGUAAGCGCUCUUAUAAUUCAACCUGCUCUGCUUCUCGUCUGCUUGCUCUUGAAAAUAAAACAAAAAAAAGCUUGCCUAUGCGCGCAGUGUUAUGAACGAUUAUAUAGAUCACACAGACUGAUGUGGACAACCGAAUACCAAACAGUGCCAGACAUGUGCUCCCGUGAGAAUGCAAAGAAGGAAGGCAUUGUUGCAAAUGUUUGUUAUCUGGACGUUUUCUUAAUUGCCGAAAUCUGUAAUGUCGGCGACCUUGCCCAAAUUCAUUUAUGUUACCUUUAGAACGUUAUUCCGACUUGCUGUUGGUGUCUGUCACUUGCCAUCGAGUGUGAGGGCAUGGCGGACAAGCUGAUAUUUAACACUGUACUGAUAAGCUAUGCGGGAUCAUUCGUUCUGUUUUAUUGUUUUCUUUCUCGCCCAAUACAAAGCUAUACAAGCUACACUCCGAGAAUAUAGAAACAGCUACAACGCAAAGAAAAAGAAAGGCCACGUUCUGUAAAGUUCUGGACUCGCAUUUGCACGUGUUUUCUGUAGUAUACACUUAAUUUACGGAAUUUAGCUUUCUUCAUGUUCAACUAUCGAUUGAAUUAUUGCACGGUGUGUCACAGCGAGUUUAAUGCGGUGAUGAUGCACGUCUCACUCGCCAUUGUUGUGUAAAGGAUCAGUUUACGAAAGUGCGGAUGGCUGGUGUACGUAAACUGCUCUUUGAGGUGUUUUCUUUAGUUUUAUUGCCGCAGUUAGGCCUUUUCUUACUGCGAGGAACGUCCAGAGUUCUCUAUAGCUCCGCUCUCUUUACGCGAAAGGGCGCACCCAUCGUCGAACUGAUCGACAACAGCGCCCACCCCGUGCCACAUUUGUACAUACCUACUAUUGUCUACAGGCACAGUUUUGUGCUUUCUCGCAUUGCUGGCGUUUGUAUGAGACUUCUAUACUUGUGUACAUUUUCAGACUUGCUCGUUGUAUCGGGGUCCCAACGCCCCGGCUCGUCGUAAUAAACGAAGGAACCAAAGAAGGAAA